UCUGCCGUCGACUCUUUUUCUUCUGUCGCGCUCCGCCGCCGGUGACUGUCUUCGGUGUUUGAUGUAGACUGAACGAGAGAAGGAUGUGGUCUUUCUUUGCAAGGGAUCCUGUUAAAGACUUUAACUAUGAAAUUUUACCGGAAAAUCAAGAUAAAUCGGGUAUAUGGACUCUUCAUCGAGGAAAACGCAAGACAACUGGAGAACCAGUGUCUGUCUUUUUGUACGAAGUGGCCCAGGGAACAGAGGAGCAGACACAAUUGGCCAAAGCAGCUUUCAAACGCAUGAAGACGCUGAGACAUCCCAACAUCCUGUCCUAUGUAGAUGGAUUGGAGACGGAUAAAAGCUUGUAUUUGGUCACAGAGCCAAUUACCCCCCUUGCUACACACUUGAAAGCUCGGGCAGAGGGUGGGGGCUCAGGGGAGCUGGAGAUUUCCUGGGGCCUUCAUCAGAUUGUGAAAGCACUGAGUUUUUUAGUGAAUGACUGUCAUCUUCUCCAUAAUAACCUUGGGAUGUGGGCGAUAUUUGUGGACCGAGCGGGUGAAUGGAAACUAGGAGGGUUGGAUCACGUGACCUCGGACCAAGGUGAACCCUCGUCCUUACCUCCGGCCAAAGUGGUGAACCCUGACUUGGAGAAGUAUGACCCCCCAGAGAGCCCCAACAGUGGAGGAGAGAAAUGGUCAGGUGAUGUGUGGAGGCUGGGUUGUCUAAUUUGGGAAGUGUUUAAUGGACCUCUCCCUCGUGCCUCAUCUCUACGAUCUCUCGGCAAGAUCCCAAAGCAGCUGGUACCACAUUAUUGUGAGCUGGUAGGGGCAAACCCAAAGGCUCGGCCAAAUCCGGCCCGCUUCCUGCAGAAUUGUCGCUCUCCUGGAGGCUUUCUAAGCAACAGCUUUGUGGAGAGUAACCUCUUUCUGGAACAGAUACAGAUUAAGGAGCCAGCAGAGAAACAACAGUUUUUUCAGGAUCUGAGUGAUAAUCUGGACUCUUUCCCUGAAGAUUUCUGCAAACACAAAGUUCUGCCUCAGCUUCUCACAGCCUUUGAGUUUGGCAAUGCUGGUGCAGUUGUUCUCACACCACUCUUUAAGGUGGGAAAGUAUUUGUCUGCUGAAGAAUAUCAACAGAAAAUCAUCCCGGUCAUAGUGAAGAUGUUCUCCUCUACUGAUCGAGCGAUGAGGAUACGACUUCUGCAGCAGAUGGAGCAGUUUAUUCAGUAUUUGAAUGAGGCAGCAGUCAAUUCUCAAAUCUUUCCUCAUGUAGUUCAUGGCUUCACGGACACAAACCCAGCCAUUAGGGAACAAACCGUCAAGUCUAUGCUUCUAUUAGCUCCUAAGCUGAACGAAACCAACCUGAAUCAGGAGUUGAUGCGGCACUUUGCAAGACUGCAGUCUAGAGAUGAUCAGGGUCCUAUCCGCUGCAACACCACUGUUUGCCUGGGCAAGAUUGCCCCCUAUCUUAAUGCUGGGAUGCGCCAACGGGUGUUGACUUCCGCGUUUUCCCGAGCCACUAAAGACCCCUUCCCCGCAUCACGGGCAGCUGGCGUGCUGGGCUUUGCUGCCACAAAUCAUUAUUAUAGUGUGAGUGAAUGUGCCACACGCAUCCUGCCCACCCUCUGCCCACUCACCGUGGACCCUGACAAGAACGUCCGAGACCAGGCGUUUAAAGCCAUUAAGAGUUUUCUGAGUAAGCUGGAGACAGUUUCUGAUGACCCAUCUAAACUAGCUGAAAUAGAAAAGGAUGUGACUGCGUCUGCACAGGCCGGUGGUUCAGCAGCGACAUGGGCAGGCUGGGCAGUGACGGGCGUCUCCUCUCUCACUUCCAAACUCAUCCGCAAUGCACCAGCGGGCAGUGAAGGCGCAGCAGCUGGUAACGCUUCCACUCCACAGCCUUCAGCCGCUACAGGUGCAACAAAUGCAGCAGGCUCAGACACAAAGGCGCUCACUCCCAGUGCACCUACAUCAUCUACUCUUACUAAUCAGUCCGAAGCUGCAAAAGAGGCAGAGGAAGCAGUUGGAGAUCGGUGGGACGAUGAAGACUGGGGAAGCCUUGAGGAUCCUGAGAAAGCACAGACAGACCCAGAUGACUGGAACUCCGAUUGGUCCACCAUGUCUUCAACCCAGAAAAAAAGCAGUGUGGGUAGGACUUCCUCUGGAGCUAUGAAAAAGCAGAGUUCUGACUGGAGCAGUUCUGGCUGGGAUGCUGAUGACAGCUGGUCCAAUGAGAAGGACGCAGAUGGACAAGGUCAGAGUUCACCGGCUGACGAGGGAUGGGGUAACGACUGGGAUGAUGAUGGGGCUCUUGCAGAGAGCUUCACCCCAACACCACGGAAUACUACUCCCUCCUCUUCCUCAGCUUUCAUCCCUAAGAGUGCCAGUGCGAGCUCUGGACAGGAAGCUGUGCGACUGGCCAGUGACUAUAACUGGGACAGUGCAGGUGGGAAAGGGACAACAUCUGACCUGCUCUCCAGCAUAUCCCAGAGGGCCAGCCCUGCUGCUGCUUCUAUGAAGGCUGAUGAUGGCUGGGGAGCGAAUGCUGCAGGUGACUGGGGAACGGAGGAGAACUGGGAGUCACUGGAUGGUGAUCAGGGUCUUAGUAAGGCCGAGUUAGCCAAGAAGAAGCGUGAGGAAAGGAGGCGAGAGCUGGAGGCCAAGAGGGCAGAGCGGAAGGCAGCCAAAGGCCCUCUCAAACUGGGAGCACGCAAGCUGGACUGAGAAAGGAAGCAUCCAGAACAGAGGCGUGGCAAAGCUGAGGGCCCUGAUGCAUCGGCAGAAGGUCAUUGGUCAGUGCUUGAUCUUAAGGAAACAUUCCAUGAUCCAUGAUAGUGGAGUCGGAGGAAUCGGAGCUGUCUUUUCAUUGGUUGUUGGAUGGGGCGGGGUGAAAGUGACAUCAUAGUCACCCGUCACCUAGAUAUGUUUGAGUAAGGGACAACACAGCCUAAACUACGAUAUUUAUAUCGCCUCUGCUAAUAGAAUCAUACCAUGGUCCUUUUUAUACUGAUUACAGUAUCAGUUUAUCAUGUGCAUGGACACAUUUGCUGGAGAAUGGCACUGAGAGUCAGACUUUUUUUUUAUAUUAAAAAAAUGUGUACUUCAACCUAGAUAUUGUAGUAUGUGUGUAUGUUGAAUAUACACUUAAUACUGAACGCUUGAACCUUGAGAGAAAAUCUGUUGGAUGAGAGAGACUCAAAGUGCUUCUGCAGAUAAAACCCUGUCACACAAUCACUGUCCCAGGCAGACCUGCAUAAUUCCAGUGCUUGCAUGAACAUCAUUAUAUGUUACGAAAAACAAGACAAAUUAACCAUGACAACCUCCACGUGCUCUUGCAGGGCUUACGACAAUGUAAGGUGAGGGGUGUUCCUUCUAUUUUUGCUUUGUGCCUUCUUUUUCCUUUCCUUUUCCUUUUGGUAGAAGUACUGUAUGAUAUGGGCUGGGAGGCAUUAAGAUGUUGAAUGAUACACAUUUUCCCUUUUUUAAUAUUAUUUUAUGACAUGCCUUUGGUCUGAAUGUUGGUUUUUAUGAUCUGGUGCAAUAUCUUGAGGAGGGUGAAUCAUGUAUUAUGUGCACUCUUGAAAGUACAACCUUAAGAAAUAAUAGUGAUGAUAAUAAAAAUGGAAGGGAGCUUGCCUCCCCAGACGUAC